AUUAAUAAUCCCUCUGUUUUUUCCCCUUCCGUCACUUGCUAUUUUCUCUUCAUUCUAUGCAGUGCGUAAGAAAGAAAAAAAAAAAAGCCUUAAAUAGGAAAUUCAAAUCCCCCGCCCCCUAUACCCCCUCACCUAGACCACCCCCACCUUCACUCCUCUUUAAAUUCCACUUGUUGCACUCUACACUUUCUCAUAGUAAAAAAAGAAACAGAGGAACUCUAGCUACUAAAGUAUUACAGAGUGCUUAAAAAAAACUAGGGAACUCUCAGUUCAAAAGGCUAAAAGAGAAAAAAAGUUACUUUUCCCUUUUCUUGAAAACCCCUUUUUUCAUAUAUAUUCUUUUUGCAACAUGAGUUCUUGUAAAGAAGAAGAAAAUAGUGAUCAACAACCUAAAUGGCUGUGGGUUCAUGGACCUAUUAUAGUAGGUGCAGGUCCUUCUGGUUUAGCAGUUUCAGCUUGCCUUAAAGAAAAUGGAGUCCCUUCACUCAUUCUUGAGAAAAGUGAUUGUAUUGCUUCUUUAUGGCAACACAAAACUUAUGAUCGCCUUAAACUUCAUCUCCCUAGACAGUUUUGUCAACUCCCGUUGUUUGGUUUUCCUAAAGAUUUCCCAAAGUACCCUACAAAAGACCAGUUCAUUUUUUACUUGGAAGAAUAUGCUAGGCACUUUUUUAUUGUCCCUAAGUUUAAGCAGGCUGUGAAAGUUGCGGAAUUUGAUCAUGUUAGUGGGUUUUGGAGGGUACAAACUCAAGAUUUUACGUAUUUGUCAAAGUGGUUGAUUGUUGCAACAGGGGAAAAUGCUGAGCCAGUGAUACCAGAUAUUCAAGGGAUUGAUAAGUUUAAAGGAGCUGUUAUUCAUACAAGUGUUUAUAAGUCUGGUACUGCGUUUAAUAAUCAAAAGGUUUUGGUAAUUGGUUGUGGAAAUUCUGGUAUGGAAGUUAGCUUAGACCUUUGUAGACAUAAUGCCAUCGCUCACAUGGUCGUCAGAAAUUCUGUGCAUGUAUUACCUAGGGAAAUGUUAGGGAUAUCAACAUUUUCAGUAGCUAUGGCACUACUCAAAUGGAUGCCUUUAAGAAUGGUUGACAAGUUACUAUUACUAGUAGCUAACUUGACCUUAGGUAGUACAGACAAGUUAGGUCUCCGGCGACCAAAAACCGGUCCACUUGAGCUGAAAAAUGUCACCGGAAAAACUCCGGUACUCGACGUCGGGGCAUUAUCACAGAUUAGAACUGGGAAAAUUCAGAUAAUGCCCGGUGUGAAGGAGAUAACUAAAAUUGGUGCAAAGUUUUUAGAUGGCAAAGAAAGAGAAUUUGAUUCAAUAAUCCUAGCAACAGGUUACAAAAGCAAUGUGCCUUCUUGGUUUAAGGGUGACUUCUUCACAGAGCAAGGGAUGCCAAAGACACCAUUUCCAAAUAGUUGGAAAGGGGGGAAUGGAUUGUACACAGUGGGGUUUACAAGAAGAGGGCUUUUAGGGACUACAAAUGAUGCAAAAAACAUUGCCAGGGACGUUAGUGAUCAAUGGAGGAAAUAUAAGGACUUCUGUAAAAACUUUUGUACUACAAGAAAUCUAUCAGAUAGCCAGGGUAUAUGUUUUUAGGCUCCAGAAUUAGGUGAUACUCGUAAUUUUCCAGAAAGGGUCCUAAGUUUUUGGAAAAGUAGUUAGGGGUUCAUAAAGUGUAAUUUUAGUUCUUUCUUCAGUAUUUCAACAAGAGGAGAGUUCGUCCUCCUAUCUUGUCGUUUUCUUUCCCCUCUAUCAAUCUCUUGUCAAUUUUGUAAAUUAAUCAAUUUUGCAGAGGUCUGUUUGUUCUC